AUUUGAACUACUAAUAUCAAUUUACGAUAGUGAUCAAGUCAGAAAUAUUCUGAAUAUACAAUAAAUAUUCCAAUUUUUUUGAGUACAUGUUAAAAUGAAUUUUCCCUUUGAUAUUUAUUUGACAACUUUUUUAUUAAUUUCUCUUAAUUUAGUUAUUGUGUUUGGUGCGAAAGAAAGAUAUGUAACCUGUGGCUCGGUAAUAAAAUUACUUAAUACAGAUCACAGAGUAAGAUUACAUUCUCACGAUGUAAAAUAUGGUACGGGUAGCGGACAGCAAUCAGUUACUGGUAUCGAAAUUAAAGAAGAUGUUGGUAGUCAUUGGGUAGUGAAGGCUGCUAAUGGUAAAAUAUGUCCGAGGGGUCAACCAAUUAAAUGCGGCUCCUUGAUAAGACUUGAACAUUUAGAGAGCAAAAGAAAUUUGCAUUCACAUAUAUUCUCAAGUCCACUGAGUAGCCAACAGGAAAUAAGUUGCUAUGGAGAAAAUGGAGAAGGGGAUACUGGAGAUCAUUGGAAAGUUAUUUGUUCGGGAUAUGAAGCAGAAAGUCUAUUUGAAAAAGUAUCAAAUUUUGCACAAGGAGUGCUGGGUACACCUAAAGAGCAAAAAGUCAGGGAAGGUGAAAAUUGGCUCAGAGAUGAUCCGGUUAUGUUGAAACAUGACGACACAAGUGCCUACUUGGCAACAUCGGGACGCACUUUCGGAAGACCAAUUAAUGGGCAAGUGGAAGUUGUGGGCAUGAGCUCUUCAACAGGCCCAGUGCACUGGCAAGCCAUGGAGGGUGUCUUUUUACACAAUCCAGAUAUAUCGGCAUCCCAUCAUGUUCAUACCGAACUUUAGGUUCAAGUCCUAUUUUGUAUUUAUUUAUGUGUAUAUUUGUGGAAGAAGAAAGUUGAUUUGUUAUUAA